AUUUUUUCUUUUUUACCAUACCAUCUAUGUUGAUGUUGUGUUUACUGUUUUCUUCUCUCUCGUUUGUUUGUAUAGUGCUGCCGGUCGCGUAAUAUGAGUUUUCUCAAGUUUUUCCAUUUAAUUUAUGUACAUUAAUUAUUGUACUUCAGGAUAAAAUCUCGUCAUUACUAGGACGAUUGCGCAGCUAUCGUGAUGUAAUUAUCCUUAAACUAAAACAUUAAGGGUAGUUUUGAAACUUAGUAUUUAUCACGUGUUGCAAAAAUGUUGACGAAUAAUUUCAGGAGUUUUGUGGAUUUGGCGACUCUGACGCUUCACCGCCGUCAUGAGAUGGAAGGCAGGAUCAGCGUUUUGGCUGGGAAAUGCGACCAAGCCAUCAAUAACAUAAGAAAGUUAAAAGCGCAGAGUCGAACAUUUGUGAACCAGCUGAACUGCGAGCCGCCGGAGCUGAAGGAACGGUUCCUGUCAUGCAUGAACAAGUUGGAUGAGUACAUCUAUCUCAUUACAGAGUUCAAUCUGUCCAUUGAUAAUCUUGAUAAAAAUGAAAGCAUUGAGAUAGCGCCAGUACAUGACAACUCGUACAAGAACUGCCCAGUGAUGACUCCGACGAAUCUCAUGGAUGUGCUGAGCGAACCUGCUCCCACCACGUCCACCGCCUGCGCCAACUUGUGUCCCGCUGAAAAAGAAAAGCUGCCAAUCCGCCGCCGACCGAAGCAAGAGCAGCUGCUCAUAGCAUUCUCCAGCUCUUCCUGCUCCAACGAGAGUGUGGGUAACAACACUGUGGAGAAAGAGGUCCAGUGUGUGGCCGAAGAUAUUCAGGAUCUAAACAUUGCAGAUCCUAAAGCCAUGGUGAACCUGCCACAACAGACAAUUCUCGACACAGAUACUGUCUAUGAAGCAACAAUAUUAUCCAUCGACGGCCCCACCUUCUGGAUAGUUGUGGAGCAAGCUGAUGCCUACAACCUACUCCAAGACAUGAUAACAUACUACUCUCAAGAGAAGAAUCGAGUAUCUGUGAACCUGGACGAGUUGCCUAACUUCACCUGCUGCGUCUACCACGACGUAGACGACACCCAGGGGUACUUCCGGGCCAUGUUCAUAAGGGUCGAGGGCACGAACAAAGAGGAAGUGUUCCUAGUGGACACCGGUGAACAGCGGCCAGUCACAUCUAGCUGCAUACAACCGUUGGCGCCCGAGUUCUGCACAUCGCCGCCGUACGCACACUGCUGCCAUCUAGCGGACGUGGAAUUCGUGAGCACCAAGGCAGACGAGAUAGAUGAAUUCUUGAAGCAGUACUUGGGGAAGCCUUUCACCAUGAAAAUAGACGAUAACUCGUCAGAAUCUCUGGGCGUAUACCUGUUCCUCGACGACGAGAACACGCUCAACGACUUGCUGCUGCAGGAGGGACUCGCCACCGCCUUGGACAAGCCAGCUCGUCCAGAACAGGCUGCAGCAUCAGCCCCGACCCAUGGUCCUCCAGAGCUGCGGCCGGCCAGCGAACAUGACUACAGCGGCCCGGAGCACGACAACCCCGUGGAAGCCGUCACUGGUUACAGCAACCGUGACGAAAUGGACAUCUGCAAGCACUAUACAGGGGGAUCACAGAAGACGUGCUUCAAAGGCAGCCGCUGCAAGAAGAGACACGUUAUGAUACACCCUGAUGGCUGGACACUAGACCGCGCGGCGACCCCGAAGUGCCGGCCGGCCGCGCUGCCGGCGCCCGGCUCGUGGCAGCGGGUGCUGGUGACGUGCGUGUGCCACUUCGACCGCCUCUACGUCAUGUUCCAGCAGGACCCGCCUACAGAGGAGCUGCCCACCUUCGGUGUGGUGCUGCCGCCCACGACCCUGGCCGCGCUCAUACGGGACAUGAACAGCCCCGCCACGUGCGCUGCUCACAAACCGCUGAAGUCGGCGCCGGCGCCGGGCGAGCUGGUGGCGGCGCGGUACCGCGACGGGCAGUGGUACCGCGCGCGCGUCAUCUGCGCCACGCCGCCCGACCAAAACGUAGAGGUGAUGUACAUAGACUACGGCAACGUGGUGUCCGUGAAGGAGAACGAGGUCAUGGAGCUGGAGCCGCGCUUCACGGUGCUGCCGGCGCAGGCCGCGCUGUGCCGCCUGGCCGGCGUGCGCGGGCCCGCGCAGCGCCGCGCCUGGGUCGCCGCCAAGCAGCGCCUCGCCGGCCUCGCGCAGGACCAGGCCAUGGAGGCACAUAUCAUCGCCCGCGGCUACGACGAGCUCACCGUGGAGCUGUUCGACCUGCAGGGCUUCAACCUCGCCGAGCAGCUCGCGGCGGGCGGCGCCGUCACCUACACGAAAGACUACGAUAUAGAAGACGACUCCAAGCGACGAUACCAUCUAGUACAGGCCUGACGCCGAAAAAAAAACUAAAAAAUAUUACAGAUUUCAAUGAUGACAGCUUCUGAUUUUGAUAAUUAGCGUGGUAGGUACUAAAAACAAUCGAUUCGAGUAAUAAAUUGGUUAGAUUCCAAAAAUAAUCAUCAGAUUCCAAAAAUAAUUUCACUAGAUUCCAAUAAUAAUUACAGUCCAAAACUAAAUGCCCUAUAUAGUCACCAAGGAUUACAAGCUGUAUAGACGAUCCUAGUCGUUGCUUCCAUCUAGUGCAGAUCUGACGACGAAAAAAAAAGUACAAAUCGACCUUUAGACUUAGAAAAUAAGCGUUCUAUAUAACUAAAAUUAUCAAUAAGAAGUACAAUUCCAAAAAAAAUAAGUAAAUCCCAAAAAUAAUAACCCGUGAGUCAGAUAUUCUUUCCUAAAUCUAAAUGGUAUUUGAAUAAUAAUUAUCCUAAAUGCCAAAACUAUCGAUUUCAGUAGUAAUUAGUGGAAAUUCCAAAAAUAACCUUAACAUUCAUGCCCUAAUUUCUGGUAUCGCAUGUUACUCGUAAAGUAAGGACUAAGCACGAAGAAUUUCGUACAUCGACCAGCCAUUUGCUAUCUCUAUCGCACGCGCAUAUAUUGCUGUCCCACUCGUAUAGUGGCGUCAAAGAUAAUUUGAAAUAGAGGUGGAUUGUCAAAGAAAACUUUGUGGCCACAGUAAAUUUACUGCCAUCUUUCGAUACAUGAUUAAAACUUUUAGAACGCCAUUUGACUUUGAUCCUUAUAUGUGUUAAAUUUGUUAAAUAUCAAAAAGUAGCGCCAUCAAGGCCUUUCAGAUCAGA